AUAAAAUAUUCGUUUCGACUUUGAGGAAAACGUCUGUUAAAUCUAAAUCUGAAAUUUCCGUAUGUUCCCUGAAUGCAGCAUCAAGCUCCUCCCAACCCAGAAGUAAAAGCGCGUUCGAUAAAAUUUCUCUAAUCCCCGAUUUUUUCCUGCCAGGCCGCGUUUUCGCCAUCUCUCCGUUCCCUUUGCCUGCGCUCGUGUACGCGUAGUAAAACGAGCCGGUUGCCUGAUAAACCAAACUCGGGACACAUAAACCCAGACAACGUUACCUUGCAUCGAUUACAAAAGGUGGUGUGGGUACCGCUGCCAGGGGGUCGUCUCGCCGUAGUCCCGUGUUCGUUCGAGGAAAGGUACAGUCAAACAUGCGGGGCAAUAUUUUAAAAGUUCUGUGGUUGGUUUCGUGCCAGUCUGCUGCUGGUUGGGGUCAGGCAAACAUGACCAGCAUGCUGGCGCCGCAGGCGGACCGGUUCAUGGGCCUCGGGGAGUGGGAGGAACGCUGGCAGGAGGGCAAAAUCGGCUUCCAUCUUCCGCAAGUGCACAUGAUGCUGGAGAGCAACAUUGAUAAAGUUCUCAACGGACGAACAGGUGUUCGCUUCUUCUUCCCGCUCUGUGGGAAAGCCGUGGAUAUGAAGUGGUUGGCGGACAUGGGCCAUUCAGUGGUCGGGGUGGAGAUAUCGGAGAAGGCUAUUCGAGCUUUCUUUGAGGAGAACAACAUGACGUACAGUGAGGAGCCCGUGCCGGAGAUGCCUGGAGCAAAGGUUUACAGGAGCUCAGAGAAAAACAUCUCCCUGUAUCAGAGCGACCUGUACAACUUUUCCAGUUCCAUCGAGGGCCAGUUCGGAGCGAUUUGGGACAGGGGCUCUCUGGUGGCCAUCAACCCAAGAGACAGAGAAAAGUAUGCGGCUCUCAUCAUUUCUCUGAUGGCCAAAGACUGCAGAUACCUUCUGGACACUUUGAUUUACAAUCCUGAAUUGUAUACAGGACCUCCCUUUUUUGUGCCGGAUGAGCAACUGCACAGCCUGUUCGGAAAAAGCUGCGAUAUUGAGGAACUGCUUUCAGUGGACGCUAUGACCGACAGACAGCGAAGCUGGGGGCUGGACUCUUUAAAAGAAAACGUGUACCUCCUCACUACAAAGAGCAGUUAACAACUAGCUCUGGAGUCUGGAGACUGUAGGAAAUUUUUAACUCGUGAAUUUUCAUAAAGAAUUUAAAUAAAAGCAAAAACAAAUCAUGUUUCUAAGCAA